AUGUUGAUAGAGGACUACUCGGUGGAGUCCUUCACGGUGGAAAGCAGCAACGGAGUGAAACUCCGUACGAAGGUGUUCAAGCCACAAAGAGAAGAAAAUAGGAACUUAGGGAUCGUUUUGGUGCACCCAUAUUCCAUAUUGGGUGGUUGUCAGGGUCUCCUUAAAGGAAUCGCUUCUGGGUUGGCUCUCAAGGGUUACACCUCUGUCACCUUUGACAUGAGAGGCGCUGGCAAAUCCACUGGCAGGCCUUCUCUUACUGGUUUCGCUGAAAUUAAGGAUGUCGUUGCUGUCUGCAACUGGCUCUCCAACACUUCCUCUCUUUCUAGGUUUUUGUUGGUGGGUUCUUCUGCAGGUGCCCCUAUAGCAGGUUCUGCUGUUGAUCAGAUUGAAAAAGUCAUUGGCUAUGUAAGCAUAGGCUACCCAUUUGGAAUUGCUGCCUCAAUCCUUUUUGGACGACACCACAAAGCCAUCCUACAGUCCCCUAAACCAAAGCUCUUCAUUAUGGGAACGCAAGACGGGUUCACAAGCGUAAAGCAGUUGAGAAACAAGCUUAAUUCUGCGGCAGGACGUGCUGAAACACAUCUAAUCGAUGGUGUAGGCCACUUUCAGAUGGAAGGACCUGGUUUUGAUGCUGAAUUGGUGGAUCUCAUCAUUAAGUUUGUUGCAUCACUGUAA